AUGAAGCUCAACUUCACAGUCGAUGCCCCCAACUCGCUCAUAUAUUAUGUCACGAGUGGCUGGCAGCUGGUACCUUUAACUGAUCCGUCCGUGGAUCAGUACCAGAACAGCACCGGGGUGAUGACGAAUAUUAUAAAUGCAACGGCAACUUUUAUUUUUAAAGGGACCGGGGUCUGGAUCUAUGGCGCAAAACGGAAAAAUCAUGGCAACUAUUCCGUGAAUUUGGAUGGUGCAGUUAACGCAUACAGUGGUUAUAGCCCCGUUGACACGUUCCAGAAUGUGUUAUUUGGGCAAUCAAACCUCGCACCUGGACUGCACGCCCUGAGUGUUAUAAAUCUCCGCGGGGGUCCCUCAGAUGGCUAUUUCGAUAUUGACUAUAUCGUGUGGGAGGCUACCGUUGCAGACAAUUCAACGUCGUUACUGGUCGAUGAUUCAAGCUGGUUUGGUUCAGACGGCAGUGUGCUCAUGUUCGAGUACCUUCCCAGUCAAUCUCUUUGGAACAUUGGUGCCUUUGACAAAGGGUCAUACCACGAUACGAUUUCAUCAACGAACACGAACCAUGCUCGAACAUCCAUCAUUGUUCCAUCCACAGCUGAUGCCAUUGCUGUCUACGGAAAAGUUGGACCCAGCCAUGGACGUUAUGCGUGUGGUAUAAACAAGACGUUAGUCAUCCCAAUGCUCCAGACCAUGAACGGUGAUGCGGGCUUGUUCAGCGACGAAGCGAAACAGCAAUUAUUGUGUUACUUCCUUGGACUGGGUGACGAUUCAUCUCCAACCCUUCUCACAAUCGCCAACAACGUCGAUAGCGCUACUCUCUCCAUUGACUACGUCGAAGUAUGGGGAUCCUCUCUUAACUCUAGUACCCCUUUCUUCGCUUCCACAACUACCACUUGGAUAUCCUCGAGUCCAACCCAACUUCGAUCGUCAAACUGGACUCCAACUAGUGUGGGACCGAUUGUCGGCGGCACCAUAGGAGGUGUGGUCGUUAUUGCAGUGGCUCUCAUAGUAGCAUUCAUCUUCUAUCGCCGACGACAACGUGAACGUGAUAUCACACCCCAUCGCCAAGAUGUGACGGAAACGACGUUAGCCACCACACGUCCCGUCUUUCAUGCCACUUCCUAUACCGCUCCUUACUAUUCUAGUACCCUUAGAGACCCUACAAAUUUAGCAAAUCCACGCACUCGCCCCUCGGACGAAUACGUUUCCUCGUCUGCUCUGGUUCGCCCGAGCUCGAGAACUUCGAUGCCUCUAUCAGAAUGGACCGCUCCUGCAAGCCAAACGAUAGGAAGUCCUCCACCUUUCGAUGGACGGGGAGCUAUCAUACCCCGAAAUGACCUUGGAUACGACCCAUCACCACUGUUAGAUCUUGAAAAUGAUUUCCGUAAUGCAAAUGGGUAUAGGGGUCGUGCGUAG